GAGCUAGAGUUCAAAUUUGGACGUGCAGUUCAUAGAGUCCAAAUUUACAGGCAGUGGAAAUUCUUUUUGAUGAAUAUAAUAUUAUCAAUCAUAUUAUAAAAAUCUCACCAAAAAAAAAAAUAUAUAAUCCCUCCAAGUCGUCUCUGCAGUCUGAACGUCCAGUUUUGUCUCUCUUAUUUUGUAGAGAGAGAAAAAUAGUAGUAGUAGUUAGGAAUUAGAAAUCGAUGGAUGAAGGAGGUGAAAAUUAUGGGCCCUUCCAAGAAAUGAACAGGGAAGAGGACGCCGGAGCAUCUUUCGUUUUACAGUCAAAAGGGAAGUGGUGGCACGCCGGAUUUCAUCUGACGACGGCGAUUGUGGGCCCCACUUUACUGACGCUACCAUACGCGUUCCGGGGGCUGGGGUGGGUCCCGGGCUUCCUCUGCCUGACGGUGAUGGGGGCCGUCACCUUCUACUCCUAUUACCUCAUGUCUUUGGUGCUCGACCACUGCGAGAAGGCCGGCCGCCGCCACAUCCGAUUCCGGGAGCUCGCCGGCGAUGUUUUCGGAUCAGGAUGGAUGUUCUACUUUGUGAUAUUGAUUCAGACAGCGAUAAACACGGGCAUCAGCAUAGGCGCCAUCCUGCUCGCAGGGGAGUGCCUCAAGAUAAUGUACUCAAACCUCAUUCCGGAUGGAUCCCUGAAAUUGUAUCAUUUCAUAGCAAUGGUGACAGUAGUUAUGAUCCUCCUAUCUCAGUUUCCAAGCUUCCACUCUCUGAGGCAUAUUAACCUUGCCUCCCUUUUCUUGAGCUUCGGCUACACUUUCCUCGUCGUGGGCGCUUGUAUAAACGCUGGUACUUCAGAAAACGCGCCUCCAAAGGACUACUCGUUGGAGUCCUCAGAAUCGUCUAAGCUGUUCAGCGCCUUCACUUCCAUAUCCAUUAUAGCUGCAAUAUUUGGGAACGGCAUACUACCCGAAAUUCAGGCGACGCUGGCUCCUCCUGCGGCAGGGAAGAUGGUGAAAGGGCUGAUCAUGUGUUACACUGUAAUUUUCUUGACCUUCUACUCUGCUGCAGUUUCUGGAUAUUGGGUGUUUGGGAAUAAGUCUAAUUCCAACAUUAUCAAAAGCUUGAUGCCAGAUGAGGGAGAGGCGUUGGCUCCCGUGUGGGUUCUAGGCCUGGCAAUCGUGUUCGUGCUGCUUCAGCUGUUCGCCAUUGGUCUGGUGUAUUCUCAAGUAGCGUACGAGAUGAUGGAGUCGAAAUCGGCGGACGUGAGGCAGGGGAUCUUCUCCAAGAGGAACUUGAUUCCGAGGAUCAUUCUGCGCUCCUUGUACGUGAUGCUGUGCGGCUUCUUUGCAGCGAUGCUGCCCUUCUUCGGAGACAUCAGCGCGGUGGUGGGGGCCAUCGGGUUCAUACCUCUGGAUUUCGUGCUGCCGAUGCUGCUCUACAACAUGACGCACAAGCCCACCAAGUCGUCCGUCGCGUAUUGGAUCAACAACGGCAUCAUCGUCGUCUUCACCUUGGCGGGACUCUUGGGCGCCUUCUCUUCCGUAAGGAAGCUGGUUCUUGACGCCAAAGAGUUCAAGAUUUUCAGCGAUGAUGUCGUUGAUUGAUCCACCCGCUAACCACACCACGCACAAUCUUUACUUCUACUCCAACAAGGAAACAUCACCAAAUUUACAUUACAUUUCUGAUGUUAUUAAUUGAAAACUCAUGUCUCAAUAUAUAAUUAGCAUUUGCACAUGAAAAUGUAUUUAUAUUUUAUUUAUCUACAAAAAAUAAUUUAUUUUUGUCA